CGGCAUUCAUUCAUUCACAAACUGGAGGCCGUUGAGGCUCGCGCCAUGGGCGGCAGGGCCAUGCUGGAUCCGCUGAGGGUGGGGGGAGUGAUAGGGGACGUGCUGGAUGGCUUCAGUGCGAGCUUGAAGAUGGAGGUGGUGUAUGGAGGGAACAAGCAGGUGCACAAUGGGCACGAGUUCAUGCCCUCUGCUGUCAGUGCAAAGCCCAGAGUAGAGGUCGGAGGGGAGGACAUGAGGAAUUUCUACACACUCAUUUUUACAGACCCUGAUGCUCCGAGUCCCAGCGACCCCCACCUGAGAGAACACCUGCACUGGAUCGUCACUGAUAUCCCUGGCACAACCAAUGCCUCAUUCGGUAGAGAGAUAGUGAAGUACGAGAGUCCGAAGCCGUUGAUGGGCAUCCACAGGUUCAUCUUCGUGCUGUUCAAGCAGAAGGCGAGGCAGACAGUGCAGGCGCCGGAGGCGAGAGACGGAUUCAGCACCCGAGCCUUUGCCGACGACAACGCCCUGGGUCUCCCCGUCGCCGCCGUUUACUUCAACGCCCAGAGAGAGACUGCUGCGCGAAGAAGAUGAAUAGAUGAUGGGUAAUGAACUCUUCACCAAUGAUGAUGAUGAUUAUUAUUAUUAUUAUUAUUAUUAUUAUUAUUAUUAUUAUUAUUAUUAUUAUUAUCAGAUGAACAAACAAAGGUUUAUGAUGCAUGAACUCUUCACUUAUAUACUCAAUUUUUUUGACGAAGGGAUCAUGGCAACUUGUAUUAAUUUUAUUGUUGCAUUGCUAUGUGCUACUUUAUAUAUAAAAAAAGGUAUGUAUGAUUGGAAUCACUAUAUAUAAAAGAAAAUUAUCCUGCGGA